ACAGACUAGAUGAAAUACCAUGUUAUCUAUUCUGUUAUAUUCUGUGGCUCUGUGCUAUUACUCUACUCUUCAAACUUUCCGAGACCACCGUGAUCUGGUCGAUCUGGACUUUGGAGUCAUAGGCUUACUCUCUUCCUUUUACUCCAUAACUGGAGUCUGAAUCACAGAUAUUAUCUAUAUUUGUGUUCUGGAUAACGAUAUUCUUAAAACUAAAAUAUUCACCCUCUAAUCACUAUUAGUCUCUGAUCGUGUAUCAUACCAUAGAACUACUUCAAACAGGUCCUCAGCUAUCGCUAACUAAUUUUCGGAGUUACGCCGUUGCUUUUUUAUAAAUACUUAAUUAUCAAAUUAAAUUAAUUUUCGCCUUUGCGAAAUAAAUGGGAUUUUUUUCCAUUAUAAUAUAACAUAAUAACAAAGUAAAUACAAAAAUACCUAUCCAAUUAUGGAGAAUGCUAACGUUGUUCAAAAUGUGAGCUUGGUCACAAUAGACCAUUACAUGAGUAAUCCUGUUGACGGUUUUGAUUCUCUAUACUCAGAGUUUUGGGGAACACAGAUACUUCAGGUUCCUGUUCUUAGAGUGUUUGGAUGUACGCCAAACGGUGAAAAAUGCUGUCUACACGUACAUGGUGUAUUUCCUUAUAUAUUUAUUCCAUUAGAAGAAUCAUAUGAAACCAAAAAUCAAGAGAUCUUAUACAAUUUUGGAAAUAGUCUCGAUAAAGCAUUAUGCUUGGCUAUUGGAUCCACAAAUUCAAAAUCUAAACAUAUUCAUAAUAUUAUUACAGUAUGUGGAAAAUCGUUUUAUGGCUACCAUAGUGAAAACACUAAAUUUUUAAAAAUUCUUUUUUACAAUCCAUACUCUGCUAAAAUUGCUGUUGAUUUAUUACAAAAUAGAGCUAUUUGUAACACAAUAUUCCAGCCUCACGAAGCACAUAUACCAUAUCAUUUACAGUUUAUGAUAGAUUAUAAUCUUCAUGGAAUGAAUUAUAUAAAACUAUCUGCUGUCAAGUAUAGGAAUUCUGUUGAACAAGGGCUUUUAAAAACUAGUCGGUGUACUAAUGAAAUGGAUGUACAAGCUAUCCACAUCUUAAAUCCUAUACUAAUUAAUGGAGAAUUGGAAAAUUCUGGUUUGGUCAAUAUUCGGGAACAAAUAAAUAAGUUAUCUUCAGACUUGAAUGUAACAAGGAAAGGACUUGAAGUAUUUAGUGGAGAAAGGAAAUUAAUUGUUCCAUCAAAUAUAGAAAUUGAGUUUGGUAUUGAAUUAAAAAAGAAAAUGAGAAAAAUAAAAAAAAAAAAUAUUGCUAAAAAGACAUUGCCAGAGCUAGAAAUAUCAGUAAAUGAAGAUUUAGUAAUUAAUUUAUCACAAGUUUUCCAGUCUCAAACUUCUUGGGAUAGUCAAAGCAUUGAUUUAAUGAAUUUAUUAAUGAAAGAAACAAUUGCUUCUAAAAAUGAAGAUAGUAUUCUCUGUCACAAUAUUUCAAAUGAAGAUGGAAAUGAUUCUGAAAAUGAAGAAUUAUCUAUAUCUAUGAUGCAAUUAAAUGAAAAUUUAUCUCAAAAUUUGGAAAAUAGUAUUACUUCAAAUCAAACCCAGAUAAAGAAUUCAUUAAUUAUGUCCAAUAUUGAUGAGGAUAAUUCCAGUUUACUUAUAUCCGAUAAUAAUCAAACAAUUAUGGUAAAUUAUAAUGAUGAAGAAACAAACAGUAAUCAAACAAAUGAUAUGUUUCGUAGUUCAAAUAGUUCUGUAGAAAUCUAUGACAAUAACACAUUAAAUUAUGUAUCUUUUACUGAUGAUAAUGAUAAUACUAGUAUUUCAAGUACACUGUGGACGUUAAAUUCAAAACCUCCUACAUAUGAUGAUUGUCUAAGUUUUAUUGAUACAUUUAAAAACACUCGUUACAAUAAACAAUUUCAACUUCAACAUAAUAAUGUCAUUGAAAAUAUUAGAAAAAAUCUAUUGUCAUUAAGUUUUCCUGUUAGUAAUGAUAUACAUUUUUUUGCUUCAGAAAGCAAUAUAGUUUUAGAACCAUUAAAGCAACCACCAUCAUAUUUAGUAGCAUUAAAAUGGUUAGAAACACGUUAUCCAAAAUACAAACGUAUAAAAAAAAAUUUAGAAAGUAAUAAACGUAAGGGUCUUAUAACUCCUGAUUCACUUUCAAAAUCAAUAUUGUUGAAAAACAUCAAUCGUAUAACACCAAAUUCUAGUCAAAACAAAUUCUAUACCUCUUCACCUUAUACACCAUUUAAAAGAGUGAAUAAAUGCUUGAAAUCAAAAAGAAAACUUAGCACUCUUUUUCUGGAGUCAUUAAAUGCAGAUGCAAGUAAUGAUUCAAGAACUGAAUUUUUUAAUUCACUUAGAACUACCAACAGUUCAGAUAGCAAUAUUUUAGAUGGAAUACAUAUUGGUCAAAGUUCCCACAACUUUUGUAUUGAUUCAGAAAAUACAAGCAAUAAUGACAACCUUACUAUUAUAACAAUGGAAUUACAUACACAAACUAGAAUUAAUAUGAAUCCAGAUCCAGAAUAUGAUUGUAUACAAGGCAUUUUUUAUACUAUUUUUAUUACAUCAGAAAAUUCUUUAAGAACAGGUUCUAUUUUGGUGAAUCAAAUAAAUAAUAAAUUUAAUGGUUUUUCAAAUUUUAAAUCACAAAUAACUGUUUGUAAUGAUGAAAUUGAGUUAGUGAAUACAUUUUUUCAAUUGGUAAAUAAUUGGGAUCCUGAAGUUAUUUGUGGCUAUGAAAUAGAAAUGCAUUCAUGGGGUUAUUUGAGAGAUAGAUGUCGUCAUUUAGGACGUAAUAUGAAUAAAGAAUUGUCUAGACUAAUUACAGAAAACGAACAUACUUCUGAAUAUAAUGAAGAAAUGAAAAUAAAAGGACGAAUUGUUCUUGACGUUUGGAGAUUAUUGCGACAUGAAUUGUCAGUUCAAAGUUAUACAUUUGAAAAUAUGGUUUACCUUAUACUACAUCAAAGAGUACCCAGUUAUUCUUAUCAAACACUUUCAUUUUGGUGGGAUCAUAAUACACUUUUUUACAGGUGGUUGACUAUGGAUUAUUAUCUGUUUAAAGUUGAAAGCACUAUAAAUAUUUUGCAACAACUAGAUAUAAUAGGUCGAACAAGUGAACUUGCAAAAUUAUUUGGUAUACAAUUUUAUGAAGUACUGUCAAGAGGUUCACAAUUUAGAGUAGAAUCAAUGAUGUUACGUUUAGCCAAAAACAAGAACUAUGUUGCUGUUUCACCAAGUAUAAAACAAAGAGCUGAAAUGAAUGCAGCUCAAAGUAUACCAUUAAUUAUGGAACCAGAAUCAAAAUUUUAUACAGAUCCGGUCAUAGUUUUAGAUUUUCAAAGUUUAUACCCUUCUAUUAUUAUAGCUUAUAACUACUGUUUUUCAACGUGUUUAGGCAAUAUUGAUCUUCUUGGAAAAACAGAAGUAUUUAAAUUUGGUUGUACUAAGUUAAAUGUACCUUUUCAAACCUUACUCAAAUUAAUUGAUGACAUAACCAUUUCUCCUUCCGGAGUGGCAUUUGUUAAAAAAAGUAUUUGUAAAGGAAUUCUACCAUCCAUGUUACAAGAAAUAUUAGACACCAGAAUAAUGGUAAAAAAUUUGAUGAAAGAACAAAAAAAUAAUAAGCAUCUAUAUAAGAUAUUGAACGCUCAACAACUUGGUUUAAAAUUAAUUGCUAAUGUUACAUAUGGAUAUACUUCUGCUAAUUUUUCUGGAAGAAUGCCAUGUAUUGAGGUUGGUGAUAGCGUUGUAAGCAAAGGACGUGAAACUUUAGAGAGAGCAAUAACAUUAAUUCAGUCUACAAAAAAAUGGAAUGCUAAAGUUAUCUAUGGUGACACUGAUUCUAUAUUUGUGUUAUUACAAGGUCGGUCUAAAGAAGAUGCAUUUAAAAUUGGUAAUGAAAUGGCUGAUAUUGUUACUAAAGAUAAUCCUAUACCCAUAAAAUUGAAAUUUGAGAAAGUAUACCUUCCCUGCAUUUUGCAAACAAAAAAAAGAUAUUGUGGAUAUAUGUAUGAAAAUAUUGAACAAAAAAAACCCAAAUAUGAAGCUAAAGGCAUUGAAACUGUACGCCGUGAUGGUUGUCCAGCAGUGUCAAAGAUUUUAGAAAAAAGUUUAUGUAUUUUAUUCGAAACAAAAGAUAUUGCAGCAGUAAGAUGUUAUAUUGAAAAACAGUUCAAAAAGAUAUUUAAAGGCAAUGUAAAUAUACAAGAUUUUCUCUUUGCUAAAGAAUAUAGAGGGCGCAAUGAAUAUAGGCCAGGUGCAUGUGUACCUGCUUUGGAGUUAGCCAAACAAUGGACUGCAGUAGACCGACGUGCUGAACCACGAGUAAAAGAGCGAGUUCCAUACCUCAUUGUAGCUGGACCAAAAGGUUUACCAUUAAUAAAACUUGUGCGGUCACCAAGGCAUUUUAUUUCAGACAAAUCUGCUCGGAUAAAUGCAGAAUAUUAUAUCACAAGAGCAAUAAUACCACCACUUCAAAGAUGUUUUUCUUUACUCAAUGUUGAUAUAAACAAAUGGUAUUCAGAAUUACCUCGUAAAUAUAAUUUUCACUUUCCGGAUACUACUACUACAACAAUUAAUCGGAGACAAACACUGUCUCAAUAUUUUUUUUCGCAAAAUUGUAUUUUAUGUAGUAAAUUAUCACAGCAUGGUUUCUGCGAACAAUGUCAACAAAAUCCUCAGUAUUUAAUUGUACAACUUAACCAUUUAUUAUCAAAAUGGACUAAAAAACAAGAUGAUUUAAAAACGAUCUGUCGAUCAUGCUGUGGAAGAAACUUUGAAUUAAAGUGUAACUCUUUAAACUGUCAGAUAUAUUAUAGUUCUCAGCAAGCAGCAAAAGAUAUGCAGCAGUAUUCUUACAUAAAUAACAUAAGACAAAAUUUGAAUUUAUAAAAUUUAUUUUUAAUUUUAAUUUACCUAUUUUCACAUAUUAUCAAUAUUAUUAUUUCAAAAAUGUACAUAGUGUAUUUAUAUUUUACAUAUGUGUAUGGUUUUCACUGUUUUCAGUGAUGUAUCCAAUCCUAUUUUUUUUUUUUUAUGGCCUAAUGUACUAAUGCCUGCAAAUUAUAUUAGUUAAAAUCAAUAGUUAUAGGUAGUUACAGUUUAUUUAAAGACUGCAAUUAACUAAAAUCUUCUUCGCUAAAUCAGUCAAUAGUGGAUAAGUUUGAUAAUAAUUGCCAUAAUUAGAUAUACAAAUAAUCACAUAUUUUUACAACUGUUAAAUAAUUGCUAUUACAUACUUGAAAGUUGAAAUGUUCACCAAUUGUUGAUUUUAAUAUUGUAUAGAAUGUAAAUUAUUUGGUAGGUAUAUAACACAAUUGUCACAAUUUUCAUGAUUUAUGUACUUUGUACUUUUAUGUUGUUAAAAUUCGUAAUUUUUAUCAUUUUUUAUAAGUAUCUUUGAUUGUAAUUUUGUUGUAUACUUUACCUUUUUUUUUAAGAGGAAUUUUCUCAUAAUACAUACAAUAAAUAAAUAAAUUUAUAUUGCACAUAUGUAUUUAAAAUAAAAACUAUUUCAUAUUGUAUUAUAA